GCCCCCUCCCGCCGACGUCUGCGCGCGAAGUCGGUGGCGGGAAACUGCGACGGCGGCCGCGGCACCCAGCGGCUCUCGGGCGAUGCCUGGACAGCGGCGCGCAGGGCCGGCACGGGGAACAGGCAGCAGGCAAGGAGAGAAGCGGGAGAACCCCACCGCCAUCAUGCAGCGGAGUAUCAUGUCGUUUUUCCAGCCCCAGAAAGAGGGUAAAGUGAAGAAGCCCGAGAAGGACGUCUCCCGAGAGACAGAGUCCCCGUCCAACAGGGCAUUGAAGGAACGCAAUGGAGCAUUGCCCGAGGAUGAUUCGCCAGUGAAGAGACCCGGGAGGAAGGUGGCUCGAAUGCUGGGCAGUGAAGGGGAGGAGGAAGAUGAAACCCUCACACCCCCCAGAGGCCAGGCCUCCCCACCCAGUCCUGACCCCGUGGCGCCCAGCAGCCCUGCUCUGCCCAGCCUGUCUCCCGUGGACAUCUCUCCGCAGGCCUCCCCACCCAGUCCUGACCCUGCGGCGCCCAGCAGCCCUGCUCCGCCCAGUUCGUCUCCCAUGGACAUCUCUCCAUCAGGGAUCCCCAAGCGUCGCACAGCUCGGAAGCAGCUUCCAAAACGCACAGUUCAGGAUGUCCUGGAAGAACAGGGUGAGGAGGGACCUGGAGUGGCCAAGAGGAAGCGGAGCGAGAAAGCAGAAGCAGAGUCCCCGAGGCAGAGCCACCUCCACGCUGAGGCGGAGAAGGAGGGGGCCCAACCCUUGCCGUGCCCUGAAGCCGAGUCCCCGACCCCCAGAGCCACAGCGCCUGCGGUGGCCGGGAAGCAGGAGCCCCAGGAGGACACCCAUACCCUGCCACUCCCCAAAGCUCCCAAGACUCUGAGCAGCUUUUUUGCCCCCCGGAAACCGACAGUCAAAAAGGAAGUGAAAGAAGAGGCAGUGGAGACGCCAGGAAAGGAAGGGGCGAGGGGACCUCCGGAGCCAGCUUGCUACAACCCAGCCAAGGGCGGCUACCACCCCGUGGAUGAUGCCUGCUGGAGGCCUGGGCAGAAGGUUCCUUACCUGGCAGUGGCCCGCACCUUUGAGAAGAUUGAGGAGGCUUCUGCUCGACUUCGGAUGGUGGAGACACUGAGUAACCUGCUGCGCUCCGUGGUGGCCCUGUCGCCUCCAGAUCUCCUGCCCAUCCUCUACCUCAGCCUCAACCGUCUCGGGCCGCCACAGCAGGGCCUGGAGCUGGGCGUGGGGGACGGCGUCCUCCUCAAGGCGGUGGCCCAGGCUACAGGGCGGCAGCUGGAGUCAGUGAGGGCCGAGGCCACCGAGAAGGGGGAUGUGGGGCUGGUGGCUGAGAGCAGCCGUAGUACGCAGCGCCUUGUGCUGCCGCCACCACCCCUCUCGGCCUCUGGGGUAUUCGCCAAGUUUCAGGACAUCGCCCGGCUCUCUGGCACUGCGUCCACCACGAAGAAGAUGGAAGUCAUUAAAGGCCUGUUCGUUGCCUGCCGCCACUCUGAAGCCCGCUACAUUGCCAGAGCCCUGAGCGGGCGGCUGCGCCUGGGGCUGGCCGAGCAGUCGGUGCUGGCGGCUCUCGCCCAGGCCGUGAGCCUCACACCCCCAGGACAAGAGACACCCCCCUCUGUGGUGGAUGCUGGGAAGGGCAAGACCACAGAAGCUAGAAAGAUGUGGCUGGAGGAGCAGGCCAUGACCCUGAAGCAGACCUUCUGCGAGGUGCCCGACCUGGACCGUAUCGUCCCGGUGCUGCUGGAGCACGGCCUGGAGCAGCUCCCAGAGCACUGCAGGCUGAGCCCAGGAACACCCCUGAAGCCCAUGCUGGCUCACCCCACUCGAGGUGUCAGUGAGGUCCUGAAGCGCUUUGAGGAGGCAGCUUUCACCUGCGAGUACAAGUAUGAUGGACAGAGGGCGCAGAUCCAUGUUCUGGAGGGUGGGGAGGUCAAGAUCUUCAGCCGGAAUCAGGAGGACAAUACUGGAAAGUACCCCGACAUCAUCAGCCGAAUCCCCAAGAUCAAACUUCCCUCAGUCACAUCUUUUAUCCUGGACACUGAAGCUGUGGCGUGGGACCGGGAAAAGAAGCAGAUCCAGCCAUUCCAAGUGCUCACCACCCGCAAGCGCAAGGAGGCGGACGCGGCAGAGAUCCGGGUUCAGGUGUGCCUGUACGCCUUUGACCUCAUCUACCUCAAUGGAGAGUCCCUUGUCCGGGAGCCCCUGUCCCGGCGCCGGCAGCUGCUCCGUGAGAACUUCGUGGAGACAGAGGGUGAGUUUGUCUUCGCCACGUCCCUGGACACCAAGGACACAGAGCAGAUUGCCGAGUUCCUGGAGCAGUCGGUGAGAGACUCCUGUGAGGGGCUGAUGGUGAAGACCUUGGACGUCAACGCCACCUACGAGAUUGCCAAGAGAUCGCACAACUGGCUCAAGCUGAAGAAGGACUACCUGGAGGGCGUGGGCGACACCCUGGACCUCGUGGUCAUCGGUGCCUACCUGGGCCGGGGCAAGCGGGCUGGCCGCUACGGGGGCUUCCUGCUGGCUGCCUACGAUGAGGAGAGCGAGGAGUUCCAGGCCAUAUGCAAGCUCGGGACCGGCUUCAGCGAUGAGGAGCUGGAGGAGCAUCACCAGCGCUUGCAGACGCUGUUGCUGCCCGCACCUCGCUCCUACGUGCGGGGAGAGGGCGCCGUGGCCCCCGACCACUGGUUGGAACCCAGCACCGUGUGGGAGGUGAAGUGCGCAGACCUCUCCCUGUCCCCCAUCUACCCGGCAGCCCGUGGUCUGGUGGACAGUGAGAAGGGCAUCUCCCUUCGCUUCCCUCGGUUCAUCCGUGUGCGGGAGGACAAGAAGCCGGAGCAGGCUACCACCAGCGCCCAGGUGGCUUGUCUAUACAAGAAGCAGAGUCAGAUCCAGAACCAGCAAGGCACGGAGUCCGACUCGGAUCAGGAAGAUUUCUACUAGGCCCCGCCUCUGGCCUGGUUGGACUGCAGGGCUACAGUUAGCACAGCUGGGGCCACCGCUUGGGUUCUAUGAGGGGGUUUGGCAGGGCUCUGGGGUCAGUUUAGUUGAAUAAAUGUUGAUGGCAGAC